AUGGAAGAAGAUGAUGCACCGACAGUCAUAACAAUACCUUCAACAGUCACCACCGCCACCACAGUACUAAAGAGAGAAAGCUCGGAGUCUAGUCUUCUUGGGAAGACUCGUUACAAAUUCUGGGUCUUAUCUGCUAUCCUCCUCCUUGCUUUCUGGUCCAUGUUCGCUGGCUCUGUUACUCUUAAAUGGUCCACUGGUGACCUCUCACAACACCCUGACAACCUCGGUUUCCAAACUCAAGAUGAUGCCGACAUUCUUGAAGUGGAGGAGAAGAAGAAGCUGGUGAGGCGCAUGUGGGAAGUGUACACGCAUAGCACUAGUGGUACAAGAUUGCCUCGGUUCUGGGAACAGGCUUUUCAAGCUGCUUAUGAGGCUUUAGAAAGUGAUGUUCCUGCUGUUAGAGAUGCUGCUGUUUCUGAGAUUGCCAAACUUUCUAUUAGCUAUAUCUUCAAUCUCGAUGAAUUUACUGUUCAAUCUACAACGGUUAGUAAUUCCUUGUUACUGCUGCAUAAUUGA